GUGCAGCUUUCCUGGCAUAUUUUAAAGUGGCAGGAGCGAUGUCACAUCCGGAACCUUCGUUGAGUGGAGGUUUACAUGGGAGGACUCAAAGAUGGCGGAUGUACCAGCAAAUGCGAACGAGCACUGUCCAGGUACACAGAGUGAGCAGGCAGGGAAGUCUUCAUCAUGUCAGGGCUGUCCCAACCAAAAACUGUGCGCUUCUGGCGCUACUAAGGCCCCGGACCCCGCCAUUAAAGAAAUAGGGUCAAAGCUGGCCACAGUGAAACACAAGAUCCUCGUGCUAUCUGGGAAAGGAGGUGUGGGCAAGAGUACGUUCAGUGCUCACCUGGCCCACGUCUUGGCAAGUGAUGAGACCAAGGAGGUUGCCCUUCUGGAUGUAGACAUCUGUGGCCCGUCGAUUCCUAGAAUGAUGGGAUUGGAGGGAGAGCAAGUACAUCAGAGUGGGUCAGGCUGGUCGCCAGUGUUUGUGGAAGACAACCUUGCUGUCAUGUCUAUUGGCUUCCUGCUCAGUAGUCCUGAUGAUGCUGUAAUAUGGAGAGGCCCCAAAAAAAAUGGAAUGAUUAAGCAGUUUCUGCGUGAUGUGGAUUGGGGGGAACUGGAUUACCUCAUUAUUGACACACCCCCUGGCACGUCGGACGAGCACCUAUCUAUCGUGCAGUACCUAAGCUCCACCAAUGUGGAUGGAGCAGUCAUAAUCACCACACCACAGGAGGUGUCUUUGCAAGAUGUUAGAAAGGAGAUCCGCUUCUGCCAAAAGGUCAAACUGCCAAUCAUCGGAGUGGUGGAAAACAUGAGUGGCUUUGUGUGUCCGAAUUGCAAGAACACAUCGCAGAUCUUCCCUCCAACCAGCGGGGGUGCUGAGACAAUGUGUGCGAACCUAAAUCUGCCCCUGCUCGGUAAAGUGCCUCUCGACCCGAGGAUAGCAAAAAGCUGCGACGAGGGCAGGUCUUUUCUUAAUGUUAUACCAGACUCUCCUGCUGCUGAAGUCUACAAGAUUAUUGUGCAACGCAUCAAGGACUACUGUUCCACCCAUGCCCCAGACGACCAGAACACUGCCUGAAGCGGAUUUUAUGGCAGUCCUUUUGGACCAAAGCUACAACAUGAGUCAAUUUCGAGACCCACUCUAGGAAUGACUUUUAUCGCCACCCAGUGGUUCUUUGUUGAAUUGUGAGUUUUAUUCACAGAGUAUAAGUGGAGUCUGUCAAUUAAAAAAAUAAGCAUUUUGAUAAUGCCAUUUAUGUGAUUUCUCCCCCACCCCCUUUGUAAUACAGGAAUAGAUUGGAAACAUACGAAAAACAUGUUUUUCUGAUUUUCCUUUUUCAGUCAUUUAUUCUCUAUGAUGGGAUCGAGUCUUGCUCAUCAUGGUUAUUUAUAAAUUAUGAUGCACCAAUUAAAAACAAUCAAAGAAAAAUGAAAUCAGUGGUAGCCAAAGGUAGUACAAAAAAAAUUGAGCAGCUUCAUGCUGACGUGAUUUUAAAGUGUUAUGUUCCGUUAUUUAGAGAUACUGCAAUAAAAUAUGCGGUCUGUCAAGAUGGUGAUCAUAUCAAGUUUUUAAUGACUAUUAUGACAUUGCUAAAGCAAAUGAUAUGGUUGCCCAAGUCUCGCACAGCAUGGUAUAUGUUUUAUAUGUUUGGAAUAUUGUUUUUAAAUGUGUGCUCAUGUCUCAGGAAAGCCAUUGGGAACAUUCAUUUAAUCGUGCUGUAAUUUGGCUAUUUAGACCUCCAUCAAGUGACUAUCAUGGACUUAUCUUGGAAGUGUCAAUUUAAUUAAAAAAAAAACACA